AGGGAAGGAGGCGGGGGCCGCGGGAGCCGGCUUGGGGCGUGUUUUAAGUGUGUGGCUGUGAAGCGGGGGAAGGGAGACGUAUCUCGAUGGGAGUAGCUGGCGGAGCAGAAGCUGGCGGUACUGCCCGGACUGGGCCUGUACAGGUUAACUUUGACUUGGAUAGCAGAACUUGCUUAGUGGAUUCCUGAACUACCUGUAUUUAAGAAUAAGUGGUGCAGAUUUCAAGAUGAAUGCCAUAAUGGAAACCCCUGAGCUGCCUGCAGUAUUUGAUGGGGUGAAGUUGGCUGCUGUAGCUGCUGUUCUCUACAUUAUUGUUCGCUGCCUCAACCUGAAGAGCCCAACUGCCCCUCCGGAACUCAUUUACCAAGACACUCCUUUGUCUCGCUUCCUACUCAAGUCCUGUCCUCUUCUGUCCAAAGAGUACAUUCCACCUCUGAUCUGGGGGAAAAGCGGGCACAUCCAAACUGCCCUUUAUGGGAAGAUGGGGAGAGUGAGUUCGCCACAUCCAUAUGGGCUUCGCAAGUACCUCACAAUGCCAGAUGGUGCAACAGCAACUUUUGACCUCUUUGAACCUCUGACUGAACGCUGCAUUGGAGAUAUCACAAUGGUAAUCUGUCCUGGAAUAGCCAAUCACAGUGAGAAGCAGUACAUCCGAACUUUUGUUGACUAUGCCCAGAAGAAUGGCUAUCGAUGUGCGGUGCUAAACCACCUUGGUGCCCUGACAAACAUUGAGCUGACUUCCCCACGUAUGUUCACUUAUGGUUGCACAUGGGAAUUUGAAGCCAUGGUAAACUACAUCAGGAAAACUUAUCCCCAGACCCAGUUGGUUGUCGUGGGCUUCAGUCUGGGUGGAAAUAUAGUCUGCAAAUACCUAGGGGAGAACCAGGCAAACCAGGAGAGUGUGUUGUGCUGUGUCAGUGUGUGUCAAGGGUACAGUGCCCUGAGGGCACAAGAAACCUUCAUGCAAUGGGAUCAGUGUAGGAGAUUUUACAACUUUCUCAUGGCAGACAACAUGAAGAAAAUCAUCUUAUCUCAUAGACAUGUCUUGUUUGCUGACAGCCCUAAGAGACCCCAGUCUUUAGUGGAUACAGACUUGAACAGACUUCACACUGCAACAUCUCUCAUGCAGAUAGAUGACAAUAUCAUGAGGAAAUUCCAUGGCUACCAGUCCUUAAAGGAAUAUUACGAACAGGAGAGUUGUUUGCGUUUCUUGUACAGGAUCUAUGUUCCCCUCUUGCUGGUUAAUGCUGCUGAUGACCCUCUAGUGCAUGAUAGUCUGUUAUCAAUUCCAAGAACCCUUGCAGAGAAGCGAGAAAAUGUCAUGUUUGUUCUGCCACUACAUGGAGGUCACCUGGGCUUCUUCGAAGGUGCAGUACUCUUUCCUGAGCCCCUCACCUGGAUGGAUAAACUUGUGGUGCAGUAUGCCAGUGCCAUAUGCCAGUGGGAGCAGAAUAAAUCUCAGUGUUCUGAUACAGAACAGUCGUCAUCUGGCCAAGAGUAAAUGGUCCCAAAGACUUUUCAGGUUGUUUCAUCUUAUCUCCACCACCCCCAUCUUCUGGGACUCUUUACUUCUCCCCCCUGCUUUUCCAGGCUUGUCAUCUUGACUUCUUGAAGUUGGGUCUGUCCACAGUGCUUCAUGCCAAAGCAGAGGUACAACAGAGGGGCAGUGUCUGGUUUGGAGUAUGUCUGAAUGUUGCAGUCCUCUUUUCUGUGCAUUUAAAGAACUGAUCCACUGUAUUGGAGUUGCUGUCUGUAACUUGCUUCGGAGGUUCAGAAACUCGUGCAGUGGCCAUGAACAUCUUCUAAAGUAGGAUGAAGGUCCAGCAGUCCUGACCAUCAGUCCACACCUUCACCAAUCAAAAACCAUCUUCUGGAAUUUUGCAGAAUUACAUCUAGCUGUUAGUGAUGUGGUUUUUAGGCGUUAACAAUUUCUUUGUGUUUGCAUUUUUCUUCCUCCCCCACACCAACAUGGGGGGGAGAACCUUAUAUCACAUCUGUAAAAGAAGCCCACAAGCAAGGAGAAGAUGAGGGGACUGAAGUUUCCAGAAAUUAAUCCCUUCUCAACCAUUUUGUUGAAGCACUUCUGAUGGUUUUUAACAUGUUAUCAGCGUGUUCAGUUAUUUCAGAAUUCUGCAGGGUGCAUUCAGUCACAUGGUACUGUUUUUGGUUGGGACUUCAUGGUCAAUCAAUACAAUAGAUUCCCUGCUCGGUUAACAUUUCUUGAGACUAAAAUGGUAGACUUGUGAUACCUGCCUUUUUAAAUGUGCGGACUUCUAUUUCCACACAGGGUUGCUUGUGUGCUCUUAACCCAGGCCUUUUAAUGCUGUCUUAAGUGGAAGCCAGUUACUGUUAGACUGUGGGUAGUUCAUUUUUUCCCCUUCAGGAUACUUCAUAGUGAAUCAAUAUAUAUGCUCUUAGGAACUUGUGGGGGGAUAUUAUAUCUGUGUUUCUGUUCUGUGUUUGUUUCUUCCACCUCUCAUGUAUGUCAGAGCAGCAAAUCAAAAGAAAAACAUCUCCCCAAGUUUUUUAAAACAUUGAAUCUCUGUUCUGACCACCAUGACUUGCCUUAGAGAAGUUGACAGUAAUCAAAAACCCUAAGCUGAUAUUUCUAUGUGACUACAUGCUUCUGAAGUUACUGAGAACUUGUAGGACAGUUUUAGGAGUCUGCUGGAACAUUAGCAUUCCCCUUAUUGCAAAGUUUUUGGGACCAAGACAGGCACAGGGAACUGGCAAGGGUUGCUCAUGGGUGCUUACAGUAUGAAGGCCUAAAAAGAUUUUUUGCCCCCUUGUUGCAGUGGAGACAGACUUCUGAACUGAGCCAGACAGUUGCCACCUUGGGAGAAAAAUCUUGCCCUGUCAGUUAAAAAAAAGCAAAAGCAAAACCUGAUUAAAGUGAUGGUGGAACUUUAUAGUCAAACUGUGCUUCAUUUUCACUUGGUAUUGUUAGUUCCUCUGUGGCUCCCUCACCUCUGCAGUUCUCUCACAAUGAUGGUUAGCACUUUAUGUUUCACUCAUGGUUUUGCUUUCUAGGCGCUUUAAUUUGUAGCCUUUUAACGCAUGUAAGAAAACUUUCUGGACUUCAGUACUGUGCUGUAUGCUUCCAGGACCAGUUUCUGAAAUUCAGAGGGCAUAUGAUUGGUGACUCUGUAUGUUCUUUUUGUUUUGUUUUAAUUGAGCAAUAAUCAACUACUGUAGCGAAGGUGCUUUUCUCUCAUCAAGAAUCAGAUCUUUUCAUUUUGCCUUAGUCCAGCAAUUUUUAAUCGGGUCAGCAAUCUGUGACCUAGACUUGUUUUCAUGUGAGAAAACUGAGGACCUGUUGUUCCCUCAGAGAGAAGGAACAAGUGACCAAGCCAGAAAAAAUGGCAAAGCUUGUGGAAUUUCCCCACAGCUGCACAUACCGGUUUUUUUAAAGUAGGUUUUAAAAUAAUCUUCAGCUUCUUCAUAUACCAUUCUCUGGCAAUUCCCUAUACAUUGAUAAUCAAAACCAAAAACAUAUAGGGCAUAAAAUUCCAUGCAUCUAAUGUAGUAAUUCCAUAAGCAGGGGAGAGCAAUACCUCAAAUCCAUCUCCCACUUGAGUAGAGGCUCAUAUAGGUGAUUAAGUCAGUUUCAGUAGCUACAGUGUAUAAAACGGGAGAUAAAGUGGCUUAUUUCUCUUCCAACAUAUUUACAUUUUUUAACGGUAAGCUAUAAGAAAAUCUGUUGUUUUGCAUCAGUCUCCAACAUGUUACUUUACUGCUGCCUCUUCAGUCUGUAGCCAUUUAAUCAAAGCGACAGACAGAGACAGCAGUCCUAGCUCUUGUCACUGAGAUCCUCCUUUCCUUCUGGCUUUACUUUUUCGAUGUUUUCAAUACACAGGAAAUGGCAUUCACUCCCCCCCCUCAUUAGAAUGUUAUCGUCUUACAACUUUUUAAAAAUGCAAACUAUAAUCUAAGAGAAUCCAUCAAACCCCUUUGAAAACAAGGCUUUAUUUCCUUCCUCUUUCUGUGGAAAGUGAAGUUUGAGGACACAAUUUGAUCAUGUUUCAAAGGGCCUUUCAGUGGCAGAUGAUCAUGUGUGUGAGCAAGACAAGAAGCAAAUGCCUCUACUCCUUUUAGUCUAAACACUUCUUUACUCAGGGAUUACAUUGCCAUGGAACUGUAUUUAUAGCCUUUUCUGAGAAGCAACAAUUUUCUAUUACUGAAUUUGUUUUGAGUGGUGGUGGUGGAAACAUGCACCAUUCUAUCUACACCACCACCCUUCAGAAAUCAUGUGGACAAAUCACUGUUUGCAAUUCAUGGAGCAGUUUCCACCCCCUUUCAGAUAUGGAAAGCCCAAAUCUUAAUUUGACAUGGCCAAUCAGGGACAUAUGUACUCAUCACGUUGUAGACUGAUUCUCACCAACACUGCCAGUGAGUCAACAAACAAGGGGAAUUCUUAGCUGCUUGAGGUCUUCUGUAGACUAUAAUAGUAUAUUAUAGUCUUCUGUAGACUAUAAAAACACAGGAGGAAACGAGCUGAUGAGAGCUUGACCAAUUAAAAGUAGCUGCAGAAAUUCCAAUUAAAAAUGGCACUGAAUUUCUAUUAGUGAUUUUCCAGUGAAGUCAAAAUGUAAUGCACAUUCAGACAUUCUGUGUUCUGUAUCAUUCUAGAAAGGCAACAGGAUUUGUUUGGAAGUAAAACCAGAAGAAAAGCUGGCCAGCGUUUAUGGUUGCUGUGUGGAAACUUGCAACAUUAACUGUAUUUUUAAAAAUAGUGUUGCAAAUUGUUUGUUUUGACAAUUAGUGCACUGAAUAUUGACCCUGACCCCCCGAGCUGUUGCAGUCAACUGACUCGUUAUGCAGUAACAGCCACCAUGUUGAAUGAUUGAAAGCAGCCUUUGCCAGGUGACAGUAAUGCAUAAACUUGACCAUUUCCUGAUGAUACCUGGAGUGCUUGGGAUACAGUAGCUCCACUGUCUUGCAGUAUGGUUAGCAUCUUGACAGCUUGUUGAUGCCUCCAUUCAAAAGAAGCCUUACUGUGUUUGAAUCAUCACAUGCUUGAGGAAGUUAUGGUUAGACGCUUUAAGCUUAGCUUUGGAAGGCUCAAAGCAGUGAUUGGCAGCUUAAUUUCCUAACUUUGUUUGCUUAGUUUUUAAAAAGGAAUGUUGCAAUGGGCCCAAAUCCACUUGCAUCUCCCACUUAUCCAUAUAAACAGUGAGGUAAGCAGUUUUCCUUUAAUUCCAUUUUCUUAGUGGUACAUGCUCGUUAUUAUUGAACUUCCCUUGGACUUGUUGCCAAAACUGAAGUCCAAAGUAGUUGUUUUGGUAUUUAUCAUAGGAGACUAGGAAAAGGGUCCACCUUUGCAUCAGUGAAUAUUCAUGACAGCAGUAAAACCACUUUAUUGUGUGGAAGAGUCCACACUGUCCUGCCUCCCAUAUUUCUGUUCCAUUGGCAAGUCUAUUGCUUUGUGCCAUGUGGGGGGUCUUGGUGACACACCAGGUGAAUUUACUGCAGAUGAUCAAAAUGAGGGCAAAAGCCAAUCAGCUCUUGGUGUGACAUUUCUGUAAACAGCUAUUUAGAAGCCAGGGUCAUUUGCUUGCUUUAAAGCAAGGACUCAGUUGAAAUAGGAUUAUCGUUGGAGUGUGUGGCCUUUUUUCUCUUUUGAUAAGAGUCCUAUAUGAUUUUCUACAUUUGUUCCCAUCUAGAAUUUUUUUUUUUAAGACCACUUUAGCUUUCAGGCAUAGUUGCAUGACAUAGUGAGAUUAAAUCAUCUGAGGUGGUUUUGGGGGAAAGUAUUUGGAUUUACCAAGAACUGUACUGAAUCUCAUUGAAGCAUCUGGCAUUCUGUUCUUUUUGCUGGUUACGUCAAAGGGGCACAACCAUGAAAGGGCAGCAUUUACCAAGGUGGGUCUCAGAACUGGCACUCCCGCCCAUGACCAGAGGAGCUCGACCCAUCUUCCUCUGAGUGAGCAGCUUCAUUUUAGCUCCUCUGUCCUAACUCCCAGGAGCUUGACUGGUUCCAGUUACAGAGAUACAAUCUGUCAUGCAGAAUUCCUGAGAAUACACAGCUCAGCAGCUAUCUCUGCUUGUGCAGAAAAACACAAACACAACACCUUCUUUCAAUCAAAGAAGGCUAAAUUUCAUAUCAGUGUGGCUACUUAAAAGCAUUGCCUGUCAAGGGACCAUGCUGCUUCUGGGAAUACAAAGCAUUCAGUCCACCAUCCCUGUGAAUUUGUUGUUUCUCAAGCCGAUUGCUUCGCUUUAUUUUAAAGUGAUUUGUGACUCCCACUGAUUCAUUCGGGACAGUUUUAUUUCUCCUGAUUAAGCAGGAAAGCACAACUUUUUGAGAGGCCGCUCCCCCCCUUUUCCCUCUCCUGCACAUACCCAAGCAGAGUGAUAACCCAACUCCUCAGGAAGCUUAGACCUGAACCUGUGCGCUCUUUGAUUUCUGUCACUGCAGCUGCCUUAUUGGAGUGAGUAGAAUGUGGUGUGUUUUCUUAUUUUAAAGGUAUCUCUUGAACCUGAAUUUUGCUGGCCGUUUUUGCUUCCAAAUAGACAUUUUGGAAACCCAUCACUUUCACAUUCCUGAUUCCUUUGGAAACAAAAAUGCCCUGAAAAGGUUUCAUGUGUGUAAGCGAUUCUUCUAGUUGUUGGUUCCUUUGUUGGACUUUCAGGACCAGUUGCUGAUAGGAUGAAGAUUUGCAACUAGCAAUGCAAUUUUUUCUAAAUCUGCUAAUGUUUUAAGAACUUAUAAAAAAGUGUGUCCUUGGGUUUUUUUGUUCUGUAAGUGAUAAACAGGUCAUUGCAAACAGUGAUUUUGUUAAUAUUUGAUUAAAUGGAAUUUCUUUGCUUAAAAAAUAAAGAACUUAAUUGAGUUCAGAAUGA